AUGGCGCCGUUGGGCGGUACGAUCCGCCUUCUGCUGUCGCUGCUGCUACUGGGCGUUGGUGGCCUACUGCCAACGGUGGACAGCAAAUAUGUCGAGGGCCACCUGCGGACAACCGAUAACUGGGCCUUCCUGGCGAGGUUUUGCUUCCUCUCGGGGAAGGGUAAGUACGAGUACCUGAUCGAGUACGAGAAGAAGCUCGGCGAACUGAAGCUGCUCCUGUACUACGACGACCAGACUCAGUGGCCCGCGGUCUACAAGACGGAUAAGACAUGCACUGAGAAGCUGGCCGUGCUGCACCCGGAAGACAACCAGAUCGUCCCACUGUCCCCCCGAACCCCGUUCAACGUGUUCUCAGGCUGUCUGCUCCGUACGCCAACGGCCAAAGAAACGCCGGACGAUCCGUUGCCGCGGGACACCCAGGGACUGGGCGGUGUUUCAAGGCGCUCCACACCUGCGCCACCCCCCCCUGCACCGGCCCCGGCCGGGGGUGAUAUCCGACCCGAAGACGAUUGCGCAUCCGACGAUGCGCAAUACUUCGAUCAGUUUCUCAAGACCAGCACCACACCGGAGUCGGAGUCGGAGUUCUUCGCCGACACGAACGACACACAGCCCAGCUCGACGGAAUCGGCCUUCGAAACGUUCGCCACGGUCAUGGGAUACGCCGGUGACAAUGGGGAUGCCAAUCUGCUCGAAAACAGCACCGACUUCCGGUUGCUGGUGGAGCAACUGUUUCCGGCCCCGGACGCCGAACGGCGUCGGCAGGUGCGCGAGUCAUCCCGCUACGAAACCCGGCUCAUCGUGAGCUGCAGCAACUUCGGAAGCUUCACCAGCUCCCGGGAACGCUGGUGGUACAUUGCGAUCGCCAACUGUGACGCCGGAGGGCGCGGGCUGGACGUGAAGUACCGCUUCCGGAUGACGAACGGACCGCCUGGUGACUUUUGGCACGAGCACUUUUCGGCGGACGAGAUGUUCAUCCCGCCGAUCCUGCUGGCGGAAGCGAUCGCCUACAGCAUGCUGCUGCUGGCCGUGUUCAUCUGCGCCGUGGAGCUGAAGGCCCGCCACCUUUACCACUGCACCUACCGCCUGUUCACGCUCAGUGUCCUGCUGCAGUGGUUCGGGCUGUUGCUGCUGAGCGUCACCUGGACCAAGUACGCCGUCUCCGGCAUCGGUCCGUUUCCGAACUUUGGCGGCAUCUUUACCAGUGCGAGCGAGAUCACCUUUCUGCUGCUACUGCUCCUGAUGGCUAAGGGCUACACGAUCACGAGGGCCCGCCUGAAGACGUGCGCCACGGUGAAGAUCACGAUCUUUAUCAACCUUUAUGUGGUGGUGUACGUGACGCUCUACAUCUACCAAGCGGAAGCGUUCGAUCCGGGCGAGGUGCUGAACCUGUACGAGUCGCCGGCCGGCUUUGGGUUGGCCGGCCUCCGGUGUGUCGCGUGGGGCUUCUUCCUGUACUCGUCGGCCGCUACCAUCCGCAAGUUCGCCGAGAAGGUCCCAUUUUACUAUCCCUUCACGAUGCUCGGCUCACUGUGGAUCCUGAGCGGCCCCGUCCUGACGCUGCUCGGCGUGAACGUGCUCGAUCCGUGGGUCCGUGAAUCGGCCAUGCACGGGGCACUCGGGACGGUCGCGUUUGCCGGUCACCUGGCGUUCCUGUGGUUGACGUGGCCAUCGCGGGCCAACAAAAGCUUCCCGUACCACGUGCGCACCAACCACGUGGGGGUUUCGCUCGGCGAGGACGAUGAGGCGACGUACCCGAAGCAUACCUACGAACCGACCGGGGCCAUCGGAACCCUCCCACCUUCCGCGUUCCAACCACCGCUCGAGGUGAUCUACGAUCAGUACCUGCGGGGCGAUCGGGACCUGUACCAGAGCGGCUCGACACCGCUCAGCUACGUGUCCUUUCCGCCGGCAGCUCCGAAACCCGUCGUGGCGGCAGCCGUGAACGGAACGGAGACGAUCAACAGUCCAACAACGGCGGGGGCACUCGCGGCACGCCAUCAUCAGCAGCUGAAUGGCGGCGGCGGCGAUGCCACGGCCCACAACGGAAGCCCACCCGGGCCCCGGAUUGAGCCAGCGGCUCUCGAUUCGAGUAGCGUCGUCCCGGAAGUCGGUCCGACGGGUGCGGUGACGGCCGCAGAGGUCACUGGGAAUGGAAGUGUGGAAGAAAGGCGACCGCACAAUCCGUUCCUGGCCGGUGGUGCUGCUGCGGAUAGUGAGGUGAGGCGUCCGCAUCGUAUCAUUCUGCCGAGCCUGGAACACCAGCAGACGCCGGUCGGGAGCGCUGGAAGCGGUGCCGGGGCCGAGAAGCCGCCGGGGCCAACGGUCCCGAGGCACCUGUUUGCGGCCAAGGGACCCAACUAG